AUGCCUUCAGACAACCUCUCCAUCUUCCCCUCAACAUCAAUGUCUUCAGCCCCCAGUUCCCAAGAGAAACCCCCAACCGCCGAACCAACCCUCGUAAGAACAAACACCUCUACAGCAACUCCCAAUGACUCCUUCCACUUCGACUUCGGGCCCCUCGCCCACGUCAACACGGCAGGGACCACCUAUCCUGCCUUCGCAGGCGAACUCCAACCAGGUCUAUGGAAGCCUCAGAAGCGCCGUAAGAUGGCCAAUCCCGCACCGUUAGGUUUAUGCGGGUUUGCGCUCACGACAUUCCUCCUGGGCUGCAUCAACAUGCAGACGCUGGGAAUCGCCACUCCCAACAUUAUCGUCGGGCCUGCGUUCGCAUACGGGGGUCUUGUCCAGCUUCUCGCGGGCAUGUGGGAAAUGGCCGCCGGAAACACCUUUGGCGCAACCGCGCUCUCCUCAUACGGCGGCUUCUGGAUCUCCCUAUCCAUAGUCUUCAUCCCCGGCGGAUUCGACAUCCAGGGGGCUUACAAAGCAGCCAAUAAUGGCAGCUUGUCGAUGUUCUAUGACGCAUUCGGGUUAUUCCUAAUGGGCUGGUUCAUCUUCACCUUCCUCCUCUGGAUCUGCACCCUCAAAUCAACCUACGUCUUCUGCACCCUCUUCGCAGCCGUUGAUAUUGCCCUUCUCCUCCUAGCAGUCGGGUAUAUACAUCGCACAGCGCCGGAGGUGCCCAACGCGAAGAUUAUUAAGGCGGGUGGGUUGUUUGCGUUAUUGGGCGCGUUCAUGGCUUGGUAUGUUGCACUUGCGGGUAUCGCGGACGAUAGUAAUAGUUUCUUUCUUGUUCCUGUGUUUCAUUUCCCGUGGUCGGAGAAGGGGAGGGAGUCGAGGGGGAAGGGAGAGAGUGGGGAGAGUGUUUGA